UAACCUUUGAGACCAAGAACCCGUCGGAAUUAGCAGAACGUUUGCGCUCUGUUUGUGGGAAUCAGAGCAAUGCCUAUGCCCGGCUGCUGGAAUACCGCCUGAAUGCCUUGCGAGGACUGUGGAAUGCCCAGCGCCAGCUGGCCUUAGAAGAACAGCAUGAAAGGGAAAGUUCAGGUGAUGAGGAAACUUUGGCCCUGCUCAAACGCCAGGGCUUGUUGCAGCAACCUGAGCAAGCGCCCUUCACAUCAAGGAUGGGGCUCCUACUGGUCUUCCCCCUUAUUCAGUCCCAGAGUAGAACAGACCCCUCUCUCUGUAACAUAACUGCUGAGGUGCUAUUGAACUGCCUUCGUGACUGCCAGCCUUUGAGCUUGACCAAGGAGCCUGCUGACUGUCUCAAUGGAAUUGAAACUUUGCUGUGCUCUUGGCUAGAGGAGACUUCUGACACAGGCCGACACAUCCCACAUAAGCAAAAAGAAAAUGCUGCUGCUGCCCUGGUGGCUUUGGCUUGUGCCAGGGGAUCAUUGAAAACUUUCGUCCAUACAGUCCAUCUAUUACAGAAACAGACGGAUCUAGGGUCCCUGCCUGUAGCUGACGUGCUAUAUAGGCUGUUGCUUUUGGAAGGGGGGCCUGGAUCUCCCUCCUGUUUGCUUGGGGGCAAACACAUAGUGUCAUGGGGUUAUGAAGACAUGUUGCCUGCGCCAGAUAGCAACACUGGCUCCAGUUCUGAAAAUAAAGAUGCUGACUUGGGACGCUGUCUCACGGCAGACGGUCUUUACCUGUAUACUACUAACUCAGUUGGAAGAGGAGUAAGCAAAUUGGGGUCUGGAUUACAUGGUACUCUCAGAGGUUUUGUGUACUGCCGGAAUGAGGAGUUGGAACCAGGAUGGGUGGCUUUUGGCAGUGGCAGUCUUCUCCACCGGCCUGUCUCUUUCGAUAAUAAACCUCACUCCCUUUUCCAGGUCAUUGACCAGAACACCCUUCAGGUAUGCCAGGUGGUGCCAAUGCCAGCCAAUCACCUCCCCAUUGGCAGCACCAUGAGCACUGUGCACCUGUCUUCAGAUGGCACUUACUUCUAUUGGAUCUGGUCUCCUGCCAGCCUGAAUGAGAAAACACCAAAGGGACAUUCUGUCUUCAUGGACAUUUUUGAACUUGUGGUUGAAAAUGGUGUAUUUGUAGCCAACCCUCUUCAGGAACGCACAAUUCUAAUGAGAAAAGAGGGCGAAUCUGCAAAAAGCAUUAAUGAGAUGCUUCUAAGUAGACUUUCUCGGUAUAGAGCCUCCCCGUCAGCAACCCUUGCUGCCCUGACUGGUUCCACCAUCUCCAACACACUAAAAGAGGAUCAAGCAGCAAAUACUAGCUGUGGGCUGCCUCUAAAAAUGCUGCGGAAGACACCCAUAUAUACCUGUGGCACCUACUUGGUGAUGCUGGUGCCUCCUCCAGGGGGAUCAGGCAGCUCUGCCACCCGAUCUCUUUUUGGUGGAACAAGUGGUUUGUCAUCUUUAAAAAUCCUAGCCUCCAGCUUGGUGUAUAAUAUUUCGGAUGGUCAGUUUACAAGUCGUGCAGAUCUCAUAGAUGCUGCUGGAAGCUCACUGGGGCGUGGUGCUCUCGUACCAGGAUUGGGAGCAUGUUAUGACACAGUGAAUAACAUGCUAUGGACAUGCUCAAAUGACUAUAUUGAUCAGUGGUGUAACCCUGGGAAUCAAGCCUUCCAUUAUGUCUGCCAGAGACUUGGAGUCAGUCACAUUAUCACUGAGCCCAAAGAAGAGGCUAUAACCACGAAUGAGGUUAUAAACCAAUUAUUGCACCACGUUGGUGCGAUGUGCAUACACCAACUUAAUCUUCUUGCCACCAACCCCAAUCUUCCAAUCACAAGUGUCUUGGGCAAGCAGCAUCCAAUUGAAGCACACCAUCUUAGCAGUAUUUGUGACAUUAUGGAGAAGGCCAUGGUUAAUGGAGAUACCUGUAUUAUACGCUGCAUUCUCGUUGUCUUUCAGGUGGUAUUUAAAUUUUUCUUCAGCCCACAAACUGAAAGGAAUCGAGACAUCAUUCGACGGUCGGGAUUGCUUCUUUGGCAGUUGUUGAUGGCACCAAAAGAUCAAAUUUGCCCUGAGAUUCAGAAGGAAGUCUGCCUUGCCAUCAGCUCUGGUUUAAAUAUCUUGUACCCAGGUGAAACUGAAAUCAAUAACUUACUUAAACUGGUCUUAACAGAAGGAGAGAGAAACAGUGGACUCUCCCAGCUACGGGAUGUGAUCCUAACCAACCUGGCCGAACAGCUCCAAAACAACCGAUUUGGCAGCGAUGAAGAUGAUCAUUACAGACUAAAUGAUGAACUUUUACACUACAUUCUGAAGAUUGUUGUACGAGAAUCCUGUAUCUUAAUCACCAAGUGCCAAACUGUCUCUAAAGAUGAUUUUCAAAAGCUCCUUUCAACUGUGCCUGCUGCAUCCUCCUGCCUGCGCUAUCUGAUGGCAGUUCAGAAUCACCUUCUCAGUAACACUAUUUUGAUUAAACCUGAUGAGAAUGAUGACAGUGACAGCUCCUUGCAGGGAGAGACAUUGAAGGUACAGGAGCUAAAAGUCAGUAUUUUGGCUCUUGCCACCCAAAUCCUGACUGGAUGUGAUGAAGUGUUGGAAAUGCUACAGCAGGUCACAACUGCCCUCAUAAAUAGUGAAAUAGCAGACCGUGAGCAGAGGUUAAAAGGCUUGGAACAAGUUACUAAGGCUACUAUGCUUGGUCACCUUCUUCCAGUGUUACUGACCUCCCUGAUGCAUCCAAAUUUACAGACUCUGAUUAUGGCCGAUGCCCUGAUGCCUCAGCUAGUGCAGCUGGUACUCUAUACAAGCCAGACGGCUUUGCUGCUUAAAACCCAGUGUCCAGUUUUUGCUGAGGUGGGCUGUUCCCCGUGUGGUGCACCAGACCAGAAGUGCAGGCUGUUCCCUGAUGAGAGAAUGUUAGAAGAGAAGGAAGAGCCAGGAUUUCUCACUGGUUUAAAGAUUCCUGCCCCAUGGGCUGCUGGAAAGACUGUGGAAACAGUCCACCCCGUCAGAGACAACUAUAAAUUUAAAGAAACGGUCCAUAUCCCAGGAGCUCGCUGCCUGUACCUUAGAUUUGAUAGCAGAUGCUCUUCACAAUAUGACUAUGACAAAUUGGUGAUAUAUGCGGGGCCUAACACAAACAGUAGGAAGGUUGCUGAAUAUGGAGGCAACACACUGGGAUAUGGCAGCCGUAGUGUCUUAGGAACUGGUUGGCCGAAAGACUUGGUGAAGGUAUGUGCAUUUCCCACCCCCCUCUUAAAUUUUAAGGUGGAAGGAGAUACAGUCACCUUCUCCUUUGAAAUGAGAAGUGGCCGUGAACACAACACUCCUGAUAAAGCCAUGUGGGGCUUUGCUUGCACAGUUCGCGCUCAGGAGUCUUCGGAGGAUGUCUCAGGAGGCUUGCCCUUUCUGGUAGACCUGGCUUUAGGUCUGUCUGUGUUAGCUUGUUCCAUGUUAAGAAUCCUGUACAAUGGACCAGAAAUUACCAAAGAAGAAGAAGCCUGUCAGGAGCUAUUGCGGUCCAAACUUUUACAAAGGUGCCAGUGGCAGGUGGAGGCCAAUGGCGUGAUCUCCCCUGCCCUUACUCCGAGCCCCUCUCCACUGCCUCUGACCAUAGAGGAAGACAGAGAAUUCACCUACCCCUCUGAUGUCCUCGUGCCUCCUGUUGGAAACUACUUUGAUCUGCCUCGGAUCAGGCUGCCUCCAGGAAUCAUGAUAAAGCUCAGGGAAAUUUCUGGGCGUGCUAGACCUCAAUUUAGACCAAGUAUAAAAGAAGUAAUUCAGCCAGACGUGAUGGAGGAAAUGGUGGUAUCUUGUGUUAUUAAACACUUGAACUUGGUUGAUGCACUGCAAUCUCUAAUAAAUUUCCAAUAUCAAGAAGAACAUGCUGAAGAAUAUGAUUUAUUGUGUAAAAUUAUGGGAGAGACUUUUAAGAAGCUCAAUGCCAUGGAGAGACAGCUGCAGAGUGUUGCAGAACUGGAACAAAAAUGGCAAAGUGAAGUUGAUGAUGCCAUGCAGGGGAAACUGGAGAACAACAUGCCUUUCUUUUAUGAUUACCAUUUUAAUGAGAACAAAAUGAAAGAACUAGAACUUUUGUGUUCAAUGAAGGAAGUCUCCUUUGAUGGGAAUGAUCUUGAAAACAUGGUCCUAUCACUGAGGGAGAAGUUCCUACAAGAAGUGAAUUCUCUUAUUCAGAAACCCUCACACCCACUGGCUAAAACAAAGACGUUAGUGAAGAGUUUAAUGAACCGAGCCGAGCUUUUGCUGCAUGUCACCAUCGCGGCCCAGUCAGGCCUCACAAGAAGCAUCUCUGGGACCCCUGCUGAAACACCAGCUUGUAAAUCAGCUUCUGAAACAAAAGUGAUAUCUCAUGCUGUCAGGCAGCCUGUUUUUCUUCGCAGCAUGUCAGCUCCUUCUGACCUGGAAAUGAUUGGUAAUGAAGAUUUGGAAUUUACUAGAGCAAAUCAGAGGCGUCGCCACGUGACCAGCCACCGCAGCAGCUCCUUUACACUCCUGCAGUCGCUGGCCAUUGAGGACAGCAGGGACAAGCCCACCUACAGUGUCCUGCUAGGGCAGCUGUUUGCUUUCAUCGGCACCAACCCUGACCAAGCUGUGUCCAGCAGCAGUUUUCUUUUGGCUGCACAGACAAGGUGGCGGCGGGGAAACACUCGCAAGCAGGCACUGGUGCACAUGCGGGAAUUGCUGACAGCUGCCGUGCGAGUCGGGGGAGUGACACAUCUUGUGGGUCCAGUGACAAUGGUCCUUCAGGGAGGACCCAGAAUUGAAGAACUCACAUGUGGUGGGAUGGUCGAGCAGGUCCAGGAAGCCUUUGGCGAGACCAUGACCUCCGUUGUGUCUUUGUGUGCUCGUUACCCUAUCGCUUGUGCAAAUAGCAUUGGACUCUUAUGUACCAUACCUUAUACCAGGAGUGAAGAGAAGUGCCUGGUACGCAGUGGCCUUGUGCAGCUCAUGGAUCGACUGUGUAGCUUGAGCAGUCAGACCGAGUCCAGCUCCAGUGAGAAACAGACCAAGAAGCAGAAGGUGGCCACCAUGGCCUGGGCCGCCUUCCAGGUGCUUGCCAACCGCUGUGUUGAGUGGGAAAAAGAGGAAGGUGGCUCCACAGAGGCUGUGCACUCAGGUCUGGCCCGGCAGGUGUCCAGCCUUCUCACCAACCAUCUUGCCCGAGCCACAGAGUGCUGUGGCAACCAGGCUGCUGGGAAUGAUGCGCUCCAGGAUGUCCUUAGUCUUCUCAAUGAUCUCUCAAGGAGCCACAUAGGUAAAGCCAUCCUGAGCCAGCCAGCUUGUGUGUCCAAACUCCUCUCCCUGCUGCUUGACCAACGCCCGUCUCCAAAGCUGGUCCUUAUUAUUCUCCAGCUGUGCCGGGCGGCGCUGCCUCUGAUGAGCGUAGAAGACUGUGGAAACGUGGAGCUCCCACCCUGGAGCUACUCUGUCCCCUCCUUAAACAGUGAGCAGGAGGAUCCCAGCGACCCAGCUUCCAAGAUCGCCUCCUUACUCUUAGCAAAGCUGGCAGAUUACGUGGUUCCAGGAUGUCAGACAGUUCUUUCUCCAACCGCUUCUGAACCUGACACCACAUUGACAAAAACCAGUCCCAAGAAUUCCUUGAAAGGAGAUAAAGAUCCUGGAGAAGAGAGUGAGGCUGUGGAUGGCAAGCUCUCGAUAUUUAUCCACAAGCGGGAAGACCAGUCAUCCCAUGAAGUCCUUCAGCCGUUGCUAAGUAGUUCAGAAGGACGACCUUUCCGACUUGGUACUGGCGCCAACAUGGAGAAAGUUGUGAAGAUGGAUCGAGACAUGACCAAGGGUGGCUGUUGUGAAGUGAUUACAGAAGAGGCUGCAGCCGCCCUGCGGAAAGCCACCAAGUGGGCACAGUCGGGCCUCAUCGUCAGCAUUGGGCCACCUGUAGAGUCUAUCAACCCAGAGGCUGUGAGUGGACUAUCCACAGGUGACAAAAAGAAAACCGCCCAAACUUCCAUUUGCCGAGAGAGGAACUCGGAGCUUGCGAGGACUGAUCCCGUGCGUCCCUUCAUCAGUGGGCACGUGGCAAACAGCAUGGCUGCAGAAGUGAUCGCCUUGCUACAUAGCUUGCUCAUGGCACCCGAAUCAAAUGCUGCUCAAAUAUGGACCACAACAGCAGAGAAGGUUCUGUCUCGAGCACUGAUGUACAUUCCACAAUUGGGGAAAUACGCAGAAAGCAUUCUGGAAAAUGGCAGCAGCAGUGGCAGGAAACUUGCCAAACUUCAGAGAAUUGCCCGCCAGGCUGUUGCUGCACUGUGUGCACUUGGAGGCUUCAAAGAGACAAUCAAGAUAGGAUCCGAGGUUCAGGUUUUAGGUAGAGGAAUCUCAGGAAGCAUUGGAGUAGUGGCUUCUAUCAAUGAACAGGAAGGUAUAGCUACAGUCAGAUUCUCACCCAUAGACUGUAGAAAGACUUCGCAAGCGUCAGACACAUUGACUAUUCCAUUGUCUAGACUUUGUGUUCCAAGAUCAGAGGCAUUGCCUCUUCAUAAACUGUCCAUUACUGAGAAGGUAGUACAGGCAGUCCAGUCCAUGUUGCUUCCUCAGGAGGGAAGUCUCUCUAUUCACACCUCACUUCCUGCAACAGGAGAUGGGUCAGCUCCUGUGAUGGCAGUCGUUCGGCUCCUUGCUGAAAUAAGGACAAGAGCAUGCCUGGUCAUGGCCCAGCUUUUAGAAGACAGCUUAUUUUGUGAAGAAUUCAUACAACAAUGUCCAGCAGCUGUUGAAGUUCUUAACCUGGUAGCCCAGGAAUGCAGUGCUGGAGAGCGACUUGCAGUUGUGGAGGUACAGUGUGAACGGCUGAGGAUGCUGUACCGGGACUGUGCUCGGCCCCCACCGCCUCCUUUGCAGGCUGACCGGAGACAGCCCAAAGAGAUUACUUGGAGCCCCUCACGAGUGUUUCCGCCUGUUCGAGCCUGCAUGUUCUCAUCUCACCUUACCUCAGUCACCUUCCUGGCUGACCCCAGUGCUGGGGGAGGCCUGCCCCGGGGCACUUUUAUCUAUGCCACAUCACCACUGCCAGUUCAGGCCCCGUCUUUUUACUGGGAAAUUGAAAUCGUUUCCUAUGGAGAUACUGAUGAUGACACCGGGCCCAUAGUUUCCUUUGGCUUCACUACAGAAGCAGAGAAGCGAGAUGGGGCUUGGACUAAUCCAGUGGGCACGUGUCUUUUCCAUAACAACGGCCGAGCCGUGCACUACAAUGGCUCCAGUUUGUUACAGUGGAAGAGCGUUCGCUUAGACGUGACUCUCUCCCCCGGUGACGUGGCAGGAAUUGGCUGGGAGAGAACCGAGGGGACUCCACCUCCUCCGGGACAACCAGCCAAGGGCCGGGUGUACUUCACGUACUGUGGGCAGCGCCUCUCACCGUAUCUCGAAGACGUCUCUGGUGGCAUGUGGCCAGUGGUUCACAUUCAGAAAAAGAACACCAAAACCCGAGCUAACUUUGGCUCCCGGCCAUUUGCCUAUGCAGAAGGGCAGGCCCACCGCAAUGCUGCCGACCUGUGCACCGACCUAGCAGAAGAGAUCAGCGCUAACUUCGAGGCCCUGCCCUUCGCCAUGGCAUCUGACAGUGACAAUGAUGCUGGCACCAGUAUUGCAUCAGACCCAGGCACUCAUGGGCCACCAUGCCGGAUUGCUGCUGUGGCCACCGCUCAGCAACAAUAUGAUAGUGACACCUCCUGUCAUUAUAAAGUCGAGCUCAGCUAUGAGAAUUUCAUCACCUCUGGCCCAGACCCUCACCCACCUCCCAUUGCAGAUGAUGAGAGCGAUGAUGAUGACGAUGAUGACAUCCCACAGGAGGACCACUACGCCCUGCUGGUGAAAGCAUGGGAGACCAAGGUUUUUCCUACCAUCCGAAGACGCUUCCGCAAUGAAGCAGAGCGGAAAUCGGGCCUGGACCAGAUAAAGGGAGCCUUACAACUAGGUAUGGUGGAUAUUGCCCGACAGACGGUUGAAUUUCUCUAUGAAGAGAAUGGUGGCAUCCCAAGAGAUCUUUAUCUUCCCACCAUUGAAGACAUUAAAGACGAAGCAAACAAGUUCACAAUUGAUAAAGUUCGAAAAGGUCUCACAGUAGUAACCCGCUCUCCAGACAGCAAUAAUGUAGCCAGCAGUGCUGUUGGAACUGCUCUGCCAAAAUUUGCCAUCCGAGGGAUGCUGAAAACCUUUGGGCUUCAUGGAGUCGUCUUAGAUGUUGAUUCAGUGAGUGAACAGCCAUUCUGAUUAAUAAGCUAUUUUAUGUAUACUGAGGCUGUCAUGCCCAGAUUCUCAAACCCAAAACAGAUGCUGAAAAAGCCUGAGAUGGGAUCCUCUCCCUUCAGAACCUGCGGCCUGGUCCCAGUAUGGGGGCCGGAGCAUCAGGGCUUUGAGCAUCUCACCUACCUUUUCUCUUGCAGGGAGCUGCUGCGCUGCGAGGCUGCGCUGGCCAGGCUGUACUGCCGCAUGGCCCUGCUCAAUAUCUUCGCCCCCAAGUUGCCUCACUUGUUCACCCGCCUCUUCCACAUCCCUGCCAUCCGGGACAUUACCCUGGAGCACCUGCAGCUGCUGUCCAAUCAGCUCCUCGCGCCUCCCCUCCCAGACGGCACCAUCAGCUCCAGCUCGAUCCUCCUGGCGCAGUCUUUACAGCAUUGCAUCCAUUCCCAGAACUGCUCCGCCACGGACCUCUUUUACCAGGGCAACUCCCAGACAGUGAGAGAGUGGCUCAACGUGGCCAUCACCCGGACCCUGCACCAGGGCGAGGAGAGCCUUUUAGAGCUGACGAAACAGAUCUGCUCUUUCCUGCAGACAGCACCAGAGCAGUUCCCCUCCGAAGAGUUCCCAAUUUCCGAAUCCAAAGUCAACAUGGACGUGAAUUUCCCUGGGGCAGCUUUUGUUGUUGUGUCUUGUAAAGAAAGUCAGUCUGGAUUCCGCAAAGACUCCUCUCUGUACAAGGCGCCAUGGGCACGGGUGCUUGUAUACGGCCUCGGCCACAAAGUGAAGCGAAAUGGCCAGCUGAACCUCAUCGAGGCCGCCUGUUACCCACGGGACGCAUCCCCGGCCAACACUGGGCUUGCACCUCCCCCCACCGCUGACCAGUACCCCUCUGUGGUCCUCUCCACAGACAGGGUCCACAUCAAACUGGGGGUGUCUCCACCUCCUGGAGCGGUUCUGGUGUUACAUUCCUUGCCCCUGGAGUUCCCACUGGCUAUGGCCUUCGCAGAGCAGCUGCUGUCCUGGAAAUCAGAGGACAGUGAAGGGAAGUCCGAAGAUGAGCCUGACACCAUUCCGACAUCCGUCCUCCUGCAGGUGGUGGAGCUGCUAGGAAACUUCCUGUGGACCACGGACAUGGCAGCCUGCGUGAAGGAGCUUGUUUUCCAUCUCCUGGCAGAGCUCCUGCGCACUGUGCACACCCUGGAGCAGAGGCGGCACCCCGCUGGCCUGUCCUCCUCAAUCGCCCUCCAGCUGAACCCCUGCCUGGCCAUGCUGAUGGCCUUGCAGUCGGAGCUCCACAAGCUGUACGAUGAGGAGACGCAGAACUGGGUCUCAGGCAGCACCUGUGGGGGAUCCGGGGGCCCGGCGGCCGGCGACCAGGGCAGGUUCUCUACGUAUUUUCAUGCACUCAUGGAAGGGUGCCUGGCGGUGGCCGAAGUGACCCUGCCUACUAACAUGAGUGUCACAGCCAGCGGGGUGACCUCAGCGACCGCCCCAAAUCUCAGUGACUCGUCCUCCUCCUCCUCGUCCUCGCCAGGACAGACCCCGCAGAGUCCCAGCCUCCUCUCCAAGAGGAAAAAAGUCAAGAUGAAGCGGGAAAAGGCCGCCUCGUCGGGCAAGCGCCAGUCUUCCCGCACCAUGGACUCGGACCCCACUGUGCUCAGCAUCGGAGGCAGCAAGCCCGAGGACAUGCUGUGGUUCCACCGCGCACUCACCCUACUCAUCAUCCUCCGCCACCUCACCAGGAAGGACCCACAGGGGCUGGGCGUGACGAGUGACGCCAUCGCUGAUGCCUGCCAGGCCCUGGUGGGCCCCACCGCCCACAGCCGUUUGCUUGUGAUCUCCGGGAUCCCCACCCACCUGGACGAGGGCGUAGUCAGAGGCGCCAUCCGCAAGGCCUGCAACGCCCACGGCGGGGUCUUCAAAGACGAGAUCUACAUCCCGCUGCAGGAAGAAGACCCCAAGAAGCCGAAAGACAAGGCCGAGGGCGGGGACGGGAAAGCUGAGCCCGAGAAGACACUGGCCUUCCCUGGCUCAGACAGCAUGGAAGUCAGCACGUCCAGCAGCCUGACCCCCGCCAUGAGCAUCAGCGCCUCUGCCUCCACCAGCCAGGCUUCCAUCUGCAGCUCCCAGGGCAUCUCCCAAACUGUCAGCGACCUCUCCGUGGAUCCGCUGCCUGCCGGCCUCGAGCUGCCCAUCCCUCCGGGCCUGUUGGAGCCCCACGUGGUGUCCAGCCAGGAGAGCCUGGACAUUUCCCUGUGCAGCACCGGCAGCCUGGGCAGCCUGGGCAGCCUGGGGGAGCCCCUGGACAAUGCAGAGACGGCCUUGGUGUCAGACAUGGGCUCCAUGUACACAGUAACUUCCCUGGACCACCAGCCCCUAGUGGCACGCCCCAUCAAAGGCUUCGCAGUGGUGGAGAUAAGAUCCCGAGCCAAAAUUGAGAAAAUUCGAGCAAGUUUAUUUAACAAUAAUGAUUUGAUUGGUUUGUCAAGUUUGGAUGGUGAAGAUGAAUUGAUGGAAAUGUCAACCGAAGAGAUUCUAACCGUGUCUGUAGUAAAUCAGAGUCUCUUUGAUACUCAAGGGAGCCCAGGGUUAGAAGAUUAUUUCAAUGAUAAGUCAAUUAAAGGGGAGAAGCUGGUGCCCGGGGCCAGAGAGGUUCUGACGGAGAUAUUUAAGAGCUGUGCCCAUUCAGAGCAGACGCUGAGCCUGACACCAGCGAAGCCCAUCAGAGUCUCUGACAUUUAUCUUAGCAAAGAGCAGAUCAACUCCCAGACCCCAGGCAACCUCCUCCACCUCUUCUUCACCAAUGUCCGGCCUCCAAAAAAGGUGCUGGAGGAUCAGCUCACCCAGAUCCUGAGGAAGUAUGGCGUGCCAAAGCCCAAGUUUGACAAGAGCAAGUACAGCAAGGCCGGGAAGGAGCAGCACCCCGUGAAGGUGGUGAGCACCAAGCGGCCCAUCACCAAGCCGCCCACCAAGGACAAGGCCGUGCUCAACAGCGUCAGCAGGACUGCCUUAAGUGAGAAGAAGCCAACUGUGAAGCCAAAGUCACCAGAAAAGAGCAAACCAGAUGAAAAGGACCCAGAAAAGUCCCCUACCAAAAAACAAGAAGUCCCUGAGGAAAAAUACCUGACGCUGGAAGGAUUUCACAAAUUUGUUGUUGACCGAGCCAAGCAAGACAUCCGCAGUGUCUGGAGGGCGAUCUUGUCCUGUGGUUAUGAUCUUCAUUUUGAGAGGUGCGCCUGCAUCGAUGUCCGACAUGCACAGAAGGCCUCAAGAAAGUGGACCCUGGAGAUGGACGUGGCACUCGUGCAGUACAUCAACCAGCUGUGCCGCCACCUUGCCAUCACACCCGCACGGCUCCAUCCCCACGAGGUGUACCUGGACCCUGCGGAUGCUGCGGACCCCAGAGUGGCCUGUCUCCUGAACGUGCCCAUCGAGAGCCUGCGCCUGCGCUUCGCCUUACUGCAGUCCCUCAACACCACGCUGGAGACCUUCUUCUUGCCCUUGGUGGAGCUGCGCCAGACACCUAUGUACACCCAUAGCAUCGCCGCCCUGUUGAAGGAGGCCAAAGGGCUGAUCUUCUAUGACACAAAAGUGACCGUGAUGAAUCGAGUGCUGAAUGCCACUGUGCAGAGGACAGCGGACCACGCGGCACCUGAGAUCACCUUGGACCCACUGGAAAUUGUGGGAGGGGAAAUCAGAGCUUCUGAAAACUCCUACUUCUGUCAGGCUGCCAGGCAGCUGGCCUCAGUGCCGUCGUCUCAGCUCUGUGUCAAGCUGGCCAGUGGUGGUGACCCCACAUAUGCCUUCAACAUCCGCUUCACUGGGGAGGAGGUCCACGGCACCAGCGGCUCUUUCCGCCACUUCCUGUGGCAGGUGUGUAAGGAGCUGCAGAGUUCCUCGCUGUCGCUGCUGCUGCUGUGCCCCAGCUCAGCUGUCAAUAAGAACAAGGGCAAGUAUAUCCUGACCCCGAGCCCCAUCACCUACGGGGAGGAGCAGCUGCUGCACUUCCUGGGGCAGCUGCUGGGCAUUGCUAUUCGGGCAGAUGUCCCGCUGCCCCUGGACCUCCUGCCCUCCUUCUGGAAGACGCUGGUGGGCGAGCCCUUGGACCCUGAGCAAGACCUGCAGGAAGCGGACAUCCUCACCUACAAUUACGUCAAGAAGUUUGAGAGCAUAAAUGACGAGACCGAGCUGGAGGCCCUGUGCGCUGAGAUUGCCUCCCAGCACCUGGCCACCGAGAGCCCUGACAGCCCCAACAAGCCCUGCUGCAGGUUCACCUACCUGACCAUGACGGGCGAGGAGGUGGAGCUGUGCAGCCGGGGCCGGCACAUCCUUGUGGCGUGGGAGAACAAGGACAUCUAUGCGGCAGCCAUCCGGAGCUUGCGGCUGCGGGAGCUGCAGAAUGUGGAGUGUGUGACGGCUGUGCGGGCUGGCCUGGGCUCCAUCAUCCCCCUGCAGCUGCUGACUACGCUCAGCCCGCUGGAGAUGGAGCUGCGCACCUGCGGCCUCCCCUACAUCAACCUCGAGUUCCUCAAGGCCCACACCAUGUACCAGGUGGGGCUGAUGGAGACGGACCAGCACAUCGAGUUCUUCUGGGGGGCCCUGGAGAUGUUCACCCAGGAGGAGCUGUGCAAGUUCAUCAAGUUUGCCUGCAACCAGGAGCGCAUCCCGUUCACCUGCCCCUGCAAAGACGGGGGCCCCGACACCGCCCAUGUGCCCCCGUACCCCAUGAAGAUCGCCCCCCCAGAUGGCACAGCAGGUUCCCCAGACUCUCGCUACAUCCGCGUGGAGACCUGCAUGUUCAUGAUCAAGCUUCCCCAGUACUCCUCUCUGGAAAUCAUGCUGGAGAAACUUCGUUGUGCCAUUCACUACCGCGAAGACCCCCUCAGUGGCUGACAGGAGGAAGCCCCAGAAUUAGGAUGUCACUGAGGCACCUGCUCUGCCGGCUUGGGAAGCCACUACUGCAGCCCGUCCCUCCAGGGCCCUGCGUGAGGAGUUGGCAACAUUUUGCUUUUCCGAACUUUCGUCCACGUUCCAGGGCCUCCUGGAAGACUUAACCUUUUGUCUUUGUACGUUUCGUGAUGGGUUGGUUCUUUUGCUGCCUGUUUGUGGUCUAUUUGUAGGAUAGUUUAGUUCCCAGACAGUUUGUGUCUAAUUUGAUCUUCUUGGACAUUGUCCCUCGUGGCCACCAGAUUCUAAUGCCAUAAGGCCCCAGCUGGUUCCCCAUCACAGAACCACCGAGCAGGAAGCCAGGGGUACAAUGACCUCAGCCACACAGAGCAUCCGUGCUUUAGCAGAGCGCCUCCACAGACAAGCCUGUGGCCAGCCCUCCCCUCUGGCCUCCAGCUGGAGAUGCUCCAGAGGCAGCCCCAGCAGGCCUCCCUCCACCUAGAGGUGGCUGGGCCAGUUGCCCAAACAUGGGAGACACACAGGGAGCUUUAUAUGUUCAUCUUCCUGCUUUAGAACUUGCUCCCAGUCUUGGUUUUUCUGAGGAAAAGCCCACAGUGGUUUCCCUGCGUGUCCCAAACCUCCCUAUCUGCCAUCUGUCUCUGCUGGGCCCUAGUCUGACAGUUUUCAUCUGAGGCCUCCUCAGGAGCAGGAGACUCAAGGGUUCAUCCCGACCUUAAUUCACAGAGCCUAGCUGGGUGCAUCCCAGCUGCAGGGGGUGAGAAGACACCCAGAGGUGGGAGACAGUGCUCAGGUGGGGGCCUCCUCUGAGACUCUGGUUGAAGAGGAAAGCACAUGAUUCAAGCCUACCCCACAAAAAAGGAGCACAAAAUGCUCAGAAAUGGCCCUUCCUCCCUGCAGUGACAUAGGACAAGGGAAAGGGCCACACCCCCAUUUUCAAAAGAGUGGACUGAGGUGCUCUGCUCAAUUCGGGGUCUGCUUUAGUGACCCAGACAUGCAAGUCCAGAUGGAGACUCCAGGGGGGUCCUUCUGCCCCUCUGGCCAGCCCUGCCUAGCACUCCCCAUCACCCCAUGUAAGUGUGUGUGCCAGGGCCGAGCUGCCUCCAGGCUCACCCACUGCCCCAGUGCAUCUUUGCCCCAAAUAGGUCUUUGUCCAAUGGUACUCUGUUCAUGAGCAGCACAGGCCAUCUUGUUGGACACUGUCACUUUGGGCCUUGCCAGGUCUCACAGAAUCACAUCGCUGUAUUUAUUGUAUAAUAUUGUGAAUAUUGGAAGUUUUGAGUGAGUGCUAUCUAGAAGGUUUUGGAGUGUGGAUGCUGGUCGAAGAAAGAAGAUGUGCCCUGGCCUGCUGGAAAGAUUGUGAGUUCUAGAGAUAGAGCCGUUAGCAUCCAUCUCCUCCCUGUAACUCUUAGGAAAUGCAUCAAGGACCAUUAUAGAAAGGAUCCCCUGACCUCAGGAUGAAAUCGACCUAGGGUUAAUCAUGACAGCUGCAUCAGUUGUAUUUGAUGCGAGUCACCUCUGGAGGUGAGUGCCCGCAAGCAGUUCCCCUGUUUUGAAAGAAGAUGGUCAGCCCACUGCCUCCCCAGCAGCCACAGCUCCCUUGAGUGGGGGGGGGGGGGGGGUCACAUCCAGGAUGUAUUCCUGACAACAAGGAUCCUUUUAUUUUCAUUUCUGCAAAACGAAAGAGCCUUUGGAUUUAUUAGAAGUGGUUUUUCCUCCCUGUAUCUUUAAAUUCUUGGUUCUCUUUAGUCCUCAUCCCUUGAAUGGACUUGUCAGCUACCUCCCCAGGAGGAGUUCAGAAGCUUCUGUUGGCCAUCACUUGAGUAGAUGACAGCUGUAAGGUAUCUGCUGCUAACAUGGCUGCUUCUCCGAGAGCACAUUGAGGUCCAGACAGUUCCAAACCUUGGCCCUAAAAAAUGUGUGCUGUAAAGUUACUUGAUGUAUAUUUAUUAUAAUUAUUUAUGGUUGCAUUUAACAAACUUUUCAUUCAAUCUGAUGCUAUUUACACCAUGCUGUGUAAAGGAAGCUCACUAAAGGAAAAAAGUCACACCAAUAAAUAACCUUCAUCUAAUUUUGAUUUACCUUAAGAGUUGUGUGAUCAUCUACUCUUGCUGAGCAAGUUCAAAGACUGGCAUGCUUGGAUGGCUCUGAUAUUUAAGUGCUGCCAAGUGGCUAGGAAUUAAAGUGUUUCUAAUUAU